GAGGCAUGAGGAGAAAAAAAAAUGGAAAAUGAGAGGUGAAAAUUGAAUAAUGCAUGUUAGGAUAUGGUCAUAUCUUAACUAACUUUCACCAAAUUUCCCCUAUGCAUCAAACACAAUGAGAUGUAGUGCAUUUAUUGCCAUAAAUUUUCUCCAUACUAAUUGAGAGUACUUUCUCCUAUAGGCAUUUCCUCUAACCCUGCCCACAAAUAAGGCAAGGUUUUUGGCCUUUUUUCUCCCCUUCAAUUUGUCUCCUCCAUAUCAAUAUUCCAAAUCUUUCAACAAAACAAAAAGGGCUCCUUAAUCUCCGUACAACAACGACAAUAACAACUAUGCCUCUGUUCCAAACAGAUUACGAUAGCCUUUGUUAAGCCACAAUGACAAUGAUUCCUCAACAAUAUUAACAAAAUUGUCUCAAUUGUAUUGCCAAUUUCUUCAUCAUGAUGACUACUAAGAAUGAGAAGAAAGGCAAUAUUUUGAUGCAAAGGUAUGAGAUUGGGAAAUUGCUUGGGCAGGGCACAUUUGCCAAAGUAUACCAUGCUAGAAAUCUCAAAACAGGGCAGAGUGUUGCUAUUAAGGUGAUUGACAAAGAGAAGAUUAUGAAGGUUGGGUUAAUUGAUCAAACCAAACGUGAAAUCUCCGUCAUGAGGCUAAUCAAACACCCAAAUAUUGUCCAGCUCUAUGAGGUUAUGGCUAGCAAAACAAAAAUAUACUUUGCUAUGGAAUAUGUUAGAGGUGGUGAACUUUUCAAUAAGGUUGCUAAAGGCAGACUUAAAGAAGAUGCUGCAAGAAAAUACUUUCAACAAUUAAUCGCUGCAGUCGAUUUUUGUCAUAGCCGUGAUGUCUAUCACCGUGAUCUCAAGCCUGAAAAUCUCCUCCUUGACGAAGGUGGCAACCUGAAAGUCUCGGAUUUUGGUCUGAGUGCAUUGUUCGAUUCGAAAAGGCAAGAUGGUCUCCUCCACACAACGUGUGGAACACCGGCUUAUGUUGCACCAGAGGUGAUCAACAAGAGAGGUUAUGAUGGUGAAAAGGCUGAUAUUUGGUCAUGUGGUGUUGUUUUAUUUGUCCUGUUAGCAGGUUAUUUGCCAUUCCAUGACCAAAAUCUUAUGGAAAUGUACAAAAAAAUAAGCAAAGCAGAAUUCAAAUGUCCACAAUGGUUCCAUCCAGAGGUAAGAAAGCUACUCUCAAGGAUUCUUGAUCCAAAUCCAGGAUCAAGAAUCACCUUAAUUAAGCUCAUGGAUAAUUCUUGGUUCAAAAAAGGAUUCAAACAAAUUGAUAAAACCCCAAAUCCAGGGAAAGAUCAACGUGAAUCCCCUCGUAGUGUUUUCGAUAUUGAGGACAAUAAUUCAGAUGGAGAGGGACCUUCCAAUCCCCAAAAAAAUCAAGAUUCCACAACAAUGAAGCCUACUUGCUUAAAUGCAUUUGAUAUCAUUUCUCUUUCCCCUGGUUUCGAUCUUUCUGGAUUAUUCGAAAAGGAGAAAGAGAGAAGAUCAGAAGCGCGAUUCACAGCGAAAAAACCAGCUUCUAUAAUAGUAUCAAAAUUGGAAGAAGUAGCAUCAAAUGAGAGUUUUAAUAUAAUGAAAAAAGAUGGGACAGUAACAAUGCAGAGUAUUAAAGAAGGAAGAAAAGGGCAACUAGCAAUUGAUGCAGAGAUAUUCGAAAUUACGCCUUCUUUUCAUGUUGUGGAAGUGAGUAAAAAAUCAGGGGAUACAAUGGAAUACAAGAAAUUCUUUGAUCAGGGAUUGAAAACUUCACUUAAAGAUAUUGUUUGGACAUGGCAAGAUGGUGAGCAACAAGUUGAAAAUCAAGAAAGAAUUUGAUCAUCUUUUUUGUUUGUUAUUAUAAUGAAAAUUUUCAUUUCUUUCUUGUUUGUAUUUAUAUUUUGUUUUGUUUUUGUUUUGUUUUGGGAAGGAGGAGAAAGGGGUAACUGGAGAUACCUUGAAUUUUCUUGUUUUUGAUUGAUUAGAGUAUUGUAUAUUGUACAGGUC